AUGUCCAAGAAGAUUCAAGCGGCGCUCGUGGUCCUGUCUGCGUUUGCGAGUCUAUCGCGAGCCGACGGGUUUCCGAGGUGUAUAGAAGGUGCCCAGGAGGGUGGGAAGCACAUAGCGGCUGCUUUCUACAGCCGGGAUGCGAGGUGGCAAUCUGGAUCGUGGAUGUCGAACCUUCUGGCUACCAGUAUCACCGAGUGCAUCGACAUGUGUCAAUACCAGAACGACCAUAGGGACCAAUACGGAGGAAAGCCAUGCAAGUCCUUCGGAUAUCAAGCAGGGUUGAACAACUGCGAUUUCUACAGCGACAAUUUCGCCACGGUCCACAAGCAGGAUACUCCCGCCUCUUAUGGAAAGGUUUGGGUUGGUGGCAUGAUCGAAGGGCUGGACUGCGCUGGUUAUGCUGCUGGUGGCUUUGUAUUGCCCGAUCCUAUUCAGUGCUGUGACUAUUGGAAGUAG